AUGGCGAGAACUGCAACCAAGCGCAAGUCCGAAAGCGCCCUGCCAACUGGCAAAAGAAAGCAGCGCAAGACCUCUGCCACUCAGAGACAGGACUCCGACUUAAGUCAGGGAGAGUGUGACUCUAGCGAUCAGCUCUUCGUCGACGAGGACCAUGUCGCGCCGGAAUACGUCAAGAAAUUAGCACCAAAAUCGCGAAAGUCCGAACCUGUCAAGCGCGUGACUAAAGCCGAUGAGUACGAGGAAGAUGAAGGACGCCUGGAAAGCCAGCAAUUCUUAGCACUUGUCGAAUUCGAAAGCAAGAAGAAGCGCAAGGCGGCCAAGUCAGCUAAUGAGUACAUGGACAAGUUUACGAAUGGUAUCAGCAACGCGGAUCAAGCUCUCAAGAAACGUCGUGAUAGUCUCAACGCCGCGUCUGCCAAACUCGACAAUGACUUCCUUGAAGCUUUCACCAAUUCUUACGCGUCUUCUCGUCCCACUGCACCACAAAUCGAUACCUCCAGAGGAAGAGUUUCUGCUUCUGAAGUCUCGUUUGCUGUCCUUUACGAGCGGAGCAAGCAGAUCACUGCCAACGCUUUCGCCCUCAUCGAGCAAUUCGAGAAAGCCAACGAGAAGACAGUCAAGAUCGAGCUGGCAGAUUUGAUGACCAAUGACUGGGGAGAGGAAAUCCGCACUGCAGAGGAAGUCAUUGAAGCUGGCCAUAUUGCUGGCUUGCAGAAAUACGAUGCCUUGGUUCAGGGAGGAGAUCCGGAGAUUGAUGGGAAUAUGGCUGUCUAUGCUGAGGCGAUUUAUAAGCAGGAGAUUCCCGGUGUUGGAUGGGGCAGGAUGGCUAGGAAGCAGGAGAAGGCUUUCAAGAAGAUUGACAAGAAUUUUGCGAAGGCGAUUAUGGCGUGA